AUGCCAAACAGGUCAUUUUCUCCUCGUACCUUUAUGGGUGACCAUGGGAUAAGUAUAGAUUAUAAUAACUUGGAGAAGAUUGUCGCACCCAAACCAUGGAAACCCUCUCACUCUAGAUCAACAUCAACCAACUGUACAAAAUUUGUUGAAGAGAGUUUAUUUGAGGAAGCAGGAAAUGAAAUUCAAACUAUCAUCUUACAUUCUUUUAAUAUAUACGAUGAUUCUGUAGAUAGUAAUAAUAAUAAUAACAACAACAACAAUAAUAAUAACAACAACAAAAAUGAUGACUACAAUUUUCAACCACCAAUAAGACAAUCAUUAAGCUCUCCACAACAACUUGUUAGCAUUAGACCAACUCCAACCAAACCUAAAUUGGUUAGUUUUUUAAAUAAUAAUAGUAAAGUUAAUAAUAAUAAUAAUAAUAAUAAAACUAUAAUGACAUGUAAAGUAAAUAGUAAAAAUAACAUUAACUCACUUGUUAACAAUAACAAUAGUAAAAUAGCGAUAAAUAUCGAAUCCUGUUCAAAUUUGCGAAACAAUGAGAUACAGAUCGAUGAUAAUGAAAAUAUAAACACCGAAUAUAUAACACCAAACAAUAUUGUCAAUAAUAUUUUAAAAUGUAAAUUAGAAACGCAAACACCAACAUCAUCCCAACCACAAACAAUUAGUUUUUUGGAUACCUUUGAAAGUAGGGUUUCCAUUUCGCCUUCAUAUAAUAAUGGGCAAGGAGCUAUCAGUGGUAGUGAAAAGGGUAGUGAAAUCAUCACUACCAUCAUUAAUAAUAAUAAUAAUAAUAAUAAUAAUAAUUCAAAUAAUAAUAAUAAUAAUAAUAAUUCAAAUAAUAAUGAUAAUAAUAAUAACAUUAACACCAAAGUGGAUGAAAGUAAUAGUAAUGAUAAUAUUUUGUUAAGUCAAACCAUAGAUACUAUUACCGAAAAUCAUAGCGAUGGAACACUUGACAUGAAAAUCCCACUUUUUAUUCAUAGCUAUUCACCAUUGAAUUGCUUCAAUGGCUCUGAACCAUUGACACCUCCAAUACGUACUCAUAAUCCAAUAACUAUGAACCAAGCAUUCACCGAAAGCGAUCUAUUCCAACAAGGCGCUGAGCUUGGUUUACUAUCAAUUUCACCACCACCAACACUUUCAAUUAGUAAACAGUUUAAAUCUGCAACCUUAUUUUAA